UAUAAGGUGGGAUGCUGUAGCCUCCGCUUCAUCAGUAUCAAACAAACACACACGUCAAGUCCACCGAGUCAGGUUGAAGUUUGAUCAUCAUGAAGCUAGCUAACAUACACGUUCUUUCUUGCCUUCUUCUUGGAUCGGUUAUCUUAUCGGAUUGUGCGAAAAAGAAUUUGGAAGAAAGCCAACAUAAAUUGGACGAGAGAAAAGGGAACGAUUCGUUGUUUGUUCCAAAAAUUGUUCAUGGGAGGGAGGAAAAAGUUGAAGAUCGUUUGAACGAUGAUCCUGAUGAUCCACCCGAGGAAGAAUUUCCAAUUUUACCACCGUUGAUACUUUUAGAUUUUAAUAACGAUACUAUAGACGCUAACAAGACUGGCGAAGAAAAAUCUAAACGAACUGUCGACAAUGGACUGGGUUAUGGAUUUGAAAAAAAUUCAUUGUUUUCGGGAAAGACCAAUUAUUAUUUUCCUGCUGGUAAAACAGGAACAACAGUUAGCAUUGAGGAAUCGAUAAGUCCAUUUCUACCGAGAACAAUAAUCGAAAAAUAUGUCCCAAAUAAUUCAAAUCAAAACGAGAAUAAUGCGUUUUUAAAUUUACGAACAUCUCAAAUAAAUUAUGUACCCAGUACGAAACUUCAAAAGGCUUCAAAUUAUUACGAUACGUAUGAUACAAAUUAUCGAACAAAAAAUGGAAGAUUGCAACCAUCCUCCACUCCAAGUUCUAUAUCAUCAACUACCCAACGACCACAAAAUCAUUUCGAUUUAAAGUCCUCUAGUUAUUUGCUAUCAAAUUUGAAUAUUCCCUCUUAUCAAGGAACCACCAACAUUAAUACAGAUAUUAAUGGACAAAGUGGAAAUAUAUUUCGUCCAACUGUCCAAACAUAUGUUGAACGAGGUCAAAAUGUAUUUCAACCAUCGAUACCUGCUAAAGCUACUUCACAAAUCGAUGAUUCGCAAAUAUUUAAAGUAGACUAUACUGAUCAUCGAUCAAUUGGACAAGCAAAUCCUAAUCAUUUUGGAUUAAAACAAAAUCAUUUUCGAAUAUUACCUUAUCUUAGUCAAUCCCAGGAUAGAAAUCAAGCUGUUAAUUAUAACAACGUUCAUACUCAGACUUACAAUGAUCCAAGACAAAGUCAAACAGUUUCAACAACUCCAAAUUCAUUGGAAACUAACUCACAAAAUUAUCGAUACAUUUUAAAUCCAAAUCAGCAGUACUACGAUGGACAAGGACAACAUUUCAGAGUAGCAUCUCAUGAACCUUUGGUUUCUAAUAUUCCAGAUUUUAGUAAAGAUAGAAAUCAUUAUCACAGUUAUGUUGAACAACGACAAAACGAUCGAGCAAUAUUUACAACACCGAGUCCACAAACAAAUUACGAAUACGUUCAAAAUCCUACUACUCAAGCAAAUCUUCCAAGAUAUACGAUUGAAAAUGGUGUACGAUACCAGAAUAAAAUUUUCUGGAAGUAUCCAGAUGGUCGAAUUUCUCAUGAACCGCCAGCAACUUACGUCGAAACUUACACCGAAGAUUCAACUGCCAGUCCACAAAUUUCCAAAAUUCAUGAAACUUAUGUCGAGACAGAUCCAUCAACAGAAUACAGUGUUCGUGCACAAGGUCCAAUACAAUUUCCAAUAGCACCAGAAAUAUCAUCACAACAGAGUCAAUUCGUAUCAUCUGAAUCAUUGUCUUCGAAUUUGUCACAUCAACAGGCAUAUAGAAUUGGUUAUCAAAAUUUAGUUAGCCAAAGACCGAACGUAUUACUUGCGCAAAAAGCAAAAAUGGAAUAUAUAACAUCGACAGCACCCUCAUUUGUAAGCACAACAUCUUUUUCGACUACCAGAAGGCCAAUAUUUUCGACUAAAAAGAAACAGGAUCGUAAUAAUUUAUCAUCGAGUUAUACAACCACAGCACGACCAGUUUCAAGAUACAUGGUAAAUGGACCGAACGCUGAAUACGUCGAUUCUACGGAAUCUACCUUAAAACUAAAACCAGGUGAGUUGACAGCUCACGUUUUAGCACGAUAUAAGCCAAGACUUCAAAAUUAUUUGAAAAAAAUCUUUACAGCUAAUCAAGAUACGGGAAAUAAAGGGAAACAACAAAGUAACAAGAAUCUCAACGAUUAUAACAAUCUUCAAUAUUCUGAUCUUUUGAGCUAUAAUCCAUCGAUAUCCCAAUACAUCAAAGACCCAUCAUCAAUAUUAAACGUCCGACCAACUUUCGUGCAGGCUGGAAACUCAUUAGUACCUGUCAUCAUCCUCAGAGUAGAUGGUGUACCACCAGUUCAACCUAAAACUACAUCCAAUAUUAAUUUGAAAGCACUUCUUCAAGAAUAUUUAAUACAAUACGCUAACAGUAUAAAGGAAUUAGCUCAACCAACUAAUUACGAAUUAGGUAUUGAACAAUUUAGUCAAACACAACGUACCAUACAAGCUGGUAAUCGUUUAUUACAGUUAGCACGACAAACACAAAACGAGAACAUCGAAUCUUCAUCCCCGACAACUUUUAUAUCAGAUUCUUACUCUGGUCCGAAUAAUUACGAAGAAAAUGUAUUUUUAACUGGAGAAGAAACUCGUCCAAUUGGUAAAUUCGGUGAUCGUACCAACGUAAGACCAAAAACUAAAAGCGUACAAAUAAUAGAUGAUCAGAAAUUUACGACUUAUAAUGUUAAAAGUUAAAAAUUGUGUCUUAACAAAAUAAUUAUCCUGUCAUAGUUCUUAUUAUCAUAUUUUUGAAAAGAACUAUUGAUAGAGAUAUGAUUUAACGGAAUAUAAUAAUUUCCGUGUUGGUGCAUAAAACAUUAUGGAAUAUAUCGUUCGUUAUUAGAUUUUACUUUGAUUUAGUAUUUAAUAACGGGAUUGUGCAAUAUGGCCUAUAUUCGCGUAUGAAAAAAAAUCUACAUAUUACUAUAUAUACAUUUAUAUGUAUAUGUAUGCAAUUUAUUGAUAGUUAAUCUAACAAUCAACGUCUCCUAUAAUCAAACCAAAUGACGAAUACAGGCCAAUACUUAAAUAUUUGAUGUACCUGUUUAUUGAUUUACGAAACCACGAACAUUUGUUCGACGAAUUUACAUUAUCUAAUCGAAGUAACAUUCUCUUUUCCUUGAAGACACUUUCAAUAUAGAAAAAGAAGAAUAUGUUAUACACUAAACAGCGUCACUUCGAAAAGGUACCUUG